UGACUACAAACGUAAAAAACUAAUAAUAUAAGUGGAAAAGAGUUAAGGAAAGAGACAAGAAAAAGUCAAGUGACUUCCAAAGAAUUGAACUAAAACAUAAUCUACAUAUAGCAAUAAUGUGAAAACCGGCACAAAAUAUCAAUGAACGUCUGUUUCGGUCUAUAAAAUUUAUCCACAAAGUUGCUUUCAAUCUUUCGACAUUGACCCACUCUUUUGAAUUUCACGACAUGACAACUCAUUUUCAGACACAUAAGCCAACUCUAAGUAUAGAUAAAUACUCGUUGUCAAAAAACAAAAAGUAUAGAUAAAUAUUCAAAUAGUCAUAUAUGACAUAUCCAUACAAUUAUAGUAUGUUUUUGUAUGCAUGUGUAUAUUAGAUCAACCAGUCAUAAUUGACGAUACCUAAAAAUGAAAAUCUCUGCUCUUGGUCGCGGUGGUUCCUCUCCUUUAUCCGCCUGUUUCCACCCUUCCGCCACCGCCAUCAACGACGAUCUACCGUCGUCUCUUCCAUCACCGUCAAAUCCAUCGUAUAUCUCCGCCUCCGGCGACCCUACCGCAACAUGUCAUUACCUCACUAACGUUGGCGUUUUCUUUCUUUCAUGGUCUCAAUCCUUCCUCCGCCGCUCUCUCCACCUUCAUUUCUACUCAUGCAACUCCACAAAUUGUUAUCUCCACUCUCCGGAUUGUUACCGUCACUCCAUUCCUUUCGCUUUCCGGCUCGAAAUCAAGCCCUUGACCUUUUGGAGAAAACAAGGGUCCAAGAAGAUAUCUCGAAAGCCGGAUAUUCGGGUCGUAUGGGACCUAACUCACGCAAGAUUUGGAUCAGGACCUGACCCGGAAUCCGGGUUUUACGUGGCUGUCUUUGUAUCCGGCGAAGUGGGUCUUCUCAUCGGCGAAGGAAACUUGAAACAAAGGCCUAGAAGACAAAUCUUGGUGUCCAAGAAAGAGAAUCUGUUUGGAAACAGAGUUUACUCUACGAAAAUCAAGAUUCAAGGAAAACUAAGAGAGAUUAGCAUAGACAUCAAGGUUGUUAACAACGAUGCUAAUCUCCGGUUUAGCGUAGAAGACAAGAGUGUUUUAAAGAUUAAUCAGCUUCAAUGGAAAUUUAGAGGAAACUCAAAGAUCGUGAUCGAUGGCGUUACGAUACAGAUAAUAUGGGAUGUUUAUAACUGGUUGUUUAGUGACAAGGAUAAGGUUAAACCGGAUAAAGUUCCCGCCGUGUUCUUACUCCGAUUUGAGAACCAAGAUGUUGAAGGAAACGACGUGUUGAUGAUGAACAAGCGUGUAAGAGACGAUGUAGUUUUGCGGAAGGAGAACUCUCGAACGCCGUCGUUUUGGGGGACUUCGUAUGGUCAUUGGUGUUCUUCUAGGAUGUCUUCUGUGAUGGAGUGGCCUAGUUGUAGGGAGGAAGAUGAGAGGAGUUUUGGGUCUAAGAGUUGGUUCUCUUUGAUUAUCUAUGCUUGGAGGAAGUAAAAACACACUCAACUUAUUUUAUCAAUUUUUUUUUUUGUAUAUAAAGCAAACAAUUGGAUUUGAGGAUAUACCAAAGUGUAUAAGAAUCAGAGUUUUGAUAUAUUAUCCGAUAUUAACCUUCCAA